GCCGUAUUUCCCGGGCUCUUAACACGCGUGCGCAGAUCAAGCGUGACUUUCGGAGCAAUAUUUUUUCUCUGUUCUCCUGUGCUCAUUCGCUUGGCUUGACGUUAAAUAUCGCAGGAAGCUCCCCCGAAGAUGACACCAAUACUUCUCAGAAAACAUUUUUGAUUUCUUACGUCCACAAUCCCGACUGUAAUGGCUCAAAUGUCGUCCUCGAAUUCAACAUCUUCUCAGACGAGUCAGGGGCGAGCAGGACGUCGUCGGAAGAGGCCGCAUCCUCCCGUUUAUGGUGGAAUUAUGAACUCUUUCAGCGAUAAAAAUAGCGAUUUCGUUUGGUAAGAGCAAAAUUAUUGAUUAGAUACGUUUUCUUGCUCAUAAUGGGUCAGCAAUCUUUGCCUUCGUGCAUUUUUUCCCAGUGAAUGUUGCGUGAUUUAAAACCAGUCCAAUUGCUCUGUGGUACAAAUUAGCUUAUCUGUUUUUGUUUUUCUUCUACAGUCCGAUCUGUUUUGACACCAUCGAUGAAGCUUUCAUGACAAAAUGUGGACAUACCUUUUGGUAAGGAUUUAUUUUCUUAGAAUUUUGAAUAUCAGAAUACCCUAGUGGCUCGUUGUGUGCACAUCACCUGAGAUUGUCUCACAGUUAAGCGCUAAAUUUUUUGCAUAGUUAGAUGUCUUUGAGCUUUCCAUGCCAAUUCAUUUGUAUAUGUAAACUUUGUCAUGCACGCCAGGGUAGUCCCACCAGCAAAGACGACUAGUAUUUGUUUCAGCACUGAUAGGGUUAAAAAAAAAUUCCAUAAAAUUCAGCCUUUUCAAGUUCAAAAUUCCAUUUAUGCUUGAAUGAAUUACAAUGCGGCAAGACAUUUGGUGAAGGUCAGUUGCUUGUGGACAUGUAGCUGUGGGUCAUGAGAUAAAGGAUUUACAUUGGUAAGAUUUCUGCACAACCCUGUACUUCAUAAUGCAUGCAGUUCUUGGAUAAAGAAAACAAUUGGGUAAACAAUAGAUCAUCUUUGAGACCGCAGCUAUGUUUUACAAUAAUAUAGUGCUGUGCAAAAAAUCUCACCUUUACCUGACAUAAAUACAUGCACAAGCACAGCUCAUUCCUAAAAAUCUGAACGAUUGGUUGCAAGGACAUGCGAGGUUAAAGAUACACGUACAUUACAUUUACAGUUCUAUUCGAUACUGCUUGAUCAAAAAUCAUUUCUUUCUCAAGUUAGUUUUUCCCUGUGUCUGGCUGCAUAAAUUGUAAUUGGUAUAAAUUUGUGUCCCAAACCAUUAGGACAAAGUGGAACAAAUUCUUGUUGUCCCUUGCAGUGAAUAAAAAUUUACACACAAUAGCAAGUUUGAUAGUUGGACUUGAACAGCUGAUCCUUUAAUAUGAUUCCAACAAUCUCUUUCUCAGACACUAUAAUCCUAUUACAGGAUUUCCUACAUGUGCGAAUCCUCUUGAAUGCAUUCAUCAUUAACCUUCUGGCCUGAACAAAUUGUUCUCUAUUAUUAACCAGUGUACUUUAAUUGGAUUAUUGCAAUAACCAUGUUUGUGAACUAUUACUGACCUUGACCUUGUCCUGACUCUGAGUUAUUCAUAUCAAUUGUAAAUGAAUAAAGAUUGACUGGGCGAUUGAUUAGCAUUGCUAAUUCUAUCAUUCUUUGAAGCUUCAUCAUUAGAAUAGCAUCCACAUUGUUUAAGUACAUUUUCUUUGUUUCAUGGGGAGAAGUUGUUACAGAUCUUAUAUGUGCCUAAUUAGUAUUGCUGAAAAAAUGGGACCAGAGAAGUGAGUCUAGAUAAUCAAAUAAUCUAGAUAAUUGUGGUUAGACCGUAUAUGUAUGUGUAAACCACAGCACAAUGGUCAGACAAGAAGAGUGCAGCCAAUCAAUAUAACCCGGUAGUUGUUUCCAAGUUAUCUGGUGGUUAUCAAGGAAUAAAACCCAGUCUGUAAAGUAACAUGAUCUUAAUCCAGGAUGAUAUCUUUGAGAAGUGUUUCUAACUCCUAAAAUCAUCUGUAAUCCAUUUAGCUAUUGUAUACAAAUCAUGAAAUCACAUUAAUUUUUAUAACUAUGAUCCUAGCUGGGAUACCUCCUCAUGACAACCAAGAUAAAUUAACAUACACAUAGGGGUAGUAAAUGGUAAAAUUUGUGUCUUGCCCAGUUUAGGUACGCUAUCCACUAUCAUUGAUGUAGGGUUAAUCAGCCUACUGCAUGUGCCCUGUUUAUACACCCUCACCACCAAGAAUCUUUUUGAGUCUGGGCACAUUUUAACCCUUUAUGCCCUAAUAUCAGUCUGCAUAUUCUUGAUACUAUUCUGUAUAUAAUUCUUAAGGUGCUGACAAGUAGAAUUUGUUCAACAAUCAAGAGCUUCAUUAUAUUUAGUGAUCAUUUAAUUUAUUCUUGUGAAUAUUCUUACUGUAGCUUGUUGCUGAAUGUGGCAACAUUUAGGCAAAACUACCCUCAUGUCUCUUUUACCCUUUAGUUAUCAGUGCAUCACAAGGAGUUUGGAGGAAAGCAAUCGCUGUCCUAAAUGUAACUACAUCAUAGACAAGCCAGAUCAAAUCUUUCCUAACUUUCUAUGUAAGUAUUUUGAGAAAACUACAGUUAAUAAAGUCAAACUCCUUUUAAACUGCACUGUACUAAGUGGUCAUCCUGUACAUAGUGGUCAGUUGUCAUUUUGUUAAUGUGAAGCAAUGAAGAUGCAAUGCAUUUUUAGCACGAUUUUGAAGAAACUGUACAUUAGGAGACCAAUAACGGUUGAAAAUAGCAUCUUAUCAUCACUUUUGAUCCCAUUCUGUGGAACCUGUAUGAACUGGUCACCCCGUCAUUACCCGUGUGACUGUAGUUACUUGUGCUUGGGAUAUUUUGAUAUCUUCUUUAUAACUGGAAGGAGUAUUUUUACUUAUUGUGGUUGUACUUGUUGUUCCUUUUUUUUUUUUUUUUUUUGCUCUAUAGAGGUGCAAUAUGUGUAUCAUGUAUUUUGUUUUCUGCUAAUCCUAGUAAAUGAAUUGGUACAAAAAGUUAAAGAAAGAACCGGACAAAAAAAGAGCAAGAUGGUUCUGGAGUCUCAGGUGAAGAUUUUUGUGUUUUGGGGGGUGAACUGAGAGAUUGAACUGACAGCUCCUUAACACUGUAACUCUCAAGAUCUGAUUGUAAAUUCUCCUCACUAGCUGCUCCACAAUUCCUUUUAAAUUAGUUACAAGACUUUGAUUUUGGAUCAAGAUAACGUCUACCUAAUAAGUUUCCGUAAUCCCCUUAUCUGUUUGCUGAAUUUUUUUUUUAUUUACAAAGCUACAUGAGGCAGGAAGUGGACUGCAGGAACUUUUGGCAGGACAACAUGAAUGGGACUUAGCAGGUAAAAUUUCUUGUGAAAUUCUGUGCAGGACACUGUUUUCUUUUUUCUUCUAUGCUUUAAGCUUGGUUCUCAGUGCUGGAGGCAAGCUAUGAAAUCAAAUUGUAAUUUUCUACCAGUGUUAUGGCCCAGAUCCACUUCUUGGUAGAUAACUUGUAUCCCUAUGUUCAUUGUGAAGAUGCCUCUCUGAGACUUUUGUUACCUUUCCUGUUACAGAUGUCAAUUAUUUGCUGGAAGUUUUGACGCUGAAGAAACAAAUGCUAGAAGCCGUAAGUGUAAAACAAUCUAAAUUCUUGGACUACAGUAGUGGUCAGGACGUAUUUAAAAAGAAGGAAAUGACAGGGGGGAGGUAUGAUCAUUUUUUGUGUAAAAAAACUACAACAUUGUUGAUGAAUACAAAAAGCAAUGCUUAAAUUGGAAUAGUUUCAGAGUUGGUACACUUAUUUAUAUUUCCAAGAUUAAAUUGGUCAUAAAGAAGGAUGGUUUAAAUAUGUAAAGCUAGUGGGGUGUCGAUUGACUUGAUGGCACCAAUUUUAAAAUUUGGCUGACAAGGGGGGAGUUUAUUCAGGGACAGGUGUCAAUUUAGUCAAUACAAGCAACUGUCUGUCAAUUUGCAUUCGCAAAGACAAAAUUUUCUCACAUCCUCUCUCUUGCCCCUUCUUUUCCUCAUUGGUGGGAGACCUUCUAAAACCACCUGACAGAAAACAGAGUGCCUCUUUGUGAUCAUGUAAUGGAGAUUUAUACAAAAUGCAGAUUGCAUUGAAGUUCUUUUGUUUAAUGUAACUAUUAGGAUAGCCAAGCAAUACAACAUGAGUUGCUGAAAGAUUUCCUCUCACAAGUAAAGAGACACAAGCAAGAGGUAUGGUACUGCCAUCCAUAACAUACAGGCAAAUUAUAUGUACAUUCCCAUGAAGAUGUUUGUCAGAGCAUUCAAUGGUAUAGUUUGUUAAAAAAAAACUUAUAAUCAUUAACAUCAUUUAGAAGUUAAAAUGCUUGUUUUGUGCAUCUACUGUUAGACAAAUUAUUAGCCCAACCUUAUUGAGAUUUUUAUUUUUUCCUUUGAAAUAUAGCAACUUGAUCAGCUUACCCGAGAAGUCAAACUAAUUGAUGAAGACAUGAAGAGAGUUUCGGUAAGAGAAACAUGAGUUCAGCUCAUUUCCCAUGUUUGGUACACAGUGAAAGUGCACCUCUCAGUUUGGGUCUGUUGUUCAGAACAGGUUGAACUAGUUGUAACAGGUUUGAGGGGAGAACUCCAUAGAGGGGGAUAGAAUCUACUUUCAGAGUGAAGUUGUGAAUGUUGUUUGUUUGUUUGUUUGUUUUUUUUUCAAUUAUUUAUCCACAUUACUACUGCUUUAUAAAUGGAAGAGGUUUUGGUGAAGCAUACAGAUAAGAAAUUUACUGAUAGCAGUAACUUGAUAUCAAUAGACUGGUGUUGAUAGGCUUAUAACAAUUACUCUACAAUCUUUCAGGAAAUGAUAGCAAGUCACAACAGACAAUAUUCAAAACCAGCUCCCUUAACUCUCCUCCCUGGUGCUGAAAGACUUAUGGCUGGUGAAGUGGUAUGUAGUUCUUGUUUCCACUAACAGUUAGCAUGGUGUAAAUGACCAAAAGAAGGGUCAGAUUUUUGUAAAAGAGUAAAAGGUAUUUGCAAAGUUAAGAAAACUGCAACAAUACACACACUUCUACAUUUACUAUUUGAAGUAAUCAAUCAAGGCUUGUGUGUGUCAAAAUUGUCUUUUUAGUGUGGACAAUUAUCUUUUAAAUAUCAACUGAUCUCUAUGGAAACAUUAAUGACAUACUUCAUUCAGGACAAGACAACCCCAAAAAACAUUGCUGACAUGUAGGAGCGCAAUAUGAAUAAACUGUUUAUUUCCUUCAGGAUCAUGCUGUACCUACCACACCCACAGCUAAAAAUGCCCCAGUGGCAGUGGGUUCGGAUAUGGAACCUUCAACAAGGUGACAAACUAUUUGUAGAGGUUUUACUAUUGACUGUUGGUAAAUGUUGAGUAUUUUAUUGUAGCAGCCAGUAACAUUGAAGCUGUAAAAUUGUAGAAAUAUCAUUGAAAGGCUACAUUAAUCAUGCAUGGAACUCUAGAAAAACAUAUGCACUGUAUCCAUAGGUUUAAAAGGUGUUGAGUAUUGACUGAAUCAUUUUAGAAAAAGUGACACUAUUUUAAUUUGCUAUUACAAUGAUGAUUGAGUAAGGUUUAAAACAAACUCACAUGUUUAGCUCUGAACCUUAGAAUUUACAUGUGAUUGAAAUUUGUAGUAACAUUUCAUAAUAUUAAAUUAAUCUGUUAAGGGGUAAAUUCUCUCUCUUGCCUCUAAAUUUUUUAAACUAGUUUGAUAUUUAUUUUUGUGUAAAAAAAUAUUUAAUUGAACUUUUUUGAAAUGUUGGCAACCAAGAAGGAAAUGGAACAAAAGUGUUUAUUUAUAAAUAUAUGUGUAUAAAGUAAUGCAGUACUUGUCCACUUGCAGUCAUGAUGAAUCAUGCGAUCAAACAGAGGGGGCUCAAGAUGGGUUUAAUGGAAGCCAGCAUGGAGCAAAACACCUUUGGUGCAGCACCAGUUUAGCGUCAAGAAGGAAAAGAAUUCACCAACACUUUGAUGAUCUAGAGAGAUGCUACUUUUCCAUUAGGCAGGGAGAUUUACCAAGUGAGAAAGUGAAAUUAGAUGUAUUUGCAUCCACAUACCAUACCAUAGGGGCGCAAUGGUUAGCACUCUGAACUCCAGUUAGAGAGACCUAACCUUAAGCUAAAGUUUGGCCAUUGUGGGUGUUCUUGGGCAAAGUACUUUACUCUUAAACAGCUUCUCUUCACCUAAGAACAUUUAUAGGAACCAGCCCUAUCCCCACAAACACAUACAGUAGAACCAUGCCAACUCAAACUCCCAAGGAAAACAAAAAAUUGUUUGGGUGAGUUGGUAGUAAAUAACUGAAAAAUUGGGUCAAGGGAAAUCAGAUCUUGUUCAAGUUUGCAAGGGGUUUGAGUUAACUGAGUUCGAAUUAGCGGGGUUCUCUUGUACAUCUGUAAACUGCAAUUCCUUCCCAGUUGUAUUGCACUUGUGUCCUAGUUGAUGAGACUGCUCUGCUGGUAUUGAAUUUCUGAAUGUUUCCAGGUGAUGCAGGAACCUCAGAUGCCCUGGAUUAUUUCACAGAAAGUCUAGCCAAGUUUACAAAGUUCAGUGGUUUUCGUUGCCUGGCAACACUGAGUUAUGCCACUGACAUCUAUAGUAGCUCAAGCAUAGUAUCAAGGUUUGUUUCCUUAGAUGUAUUUGUUGGCAAAUGAUGGUUAAACGUUAAAGGUGCCUUUACAAGUGACCCCAGUCUUCCCAUUUCAGAUGUUAUUAUUUUCACUAUCAAAAAAGAAACAAGAUAUUUUGAAAUGCUUCUAUGAAAAGAUUGUAACUUUACUAUUUCUAGUAUGAAAUUCUAAUUUGUUUUAUUGUUUCUUUUUAAAUGCCUUUCCAUGUUUCUUGAAAUCAUCUGCAGUUAAAGUAUGUAUAUACAUGUACAUAUUUAUUUUUCAAUAAUUCUAUUCUCUCCACAAACAUACAGCAUUGAAUUUGACCGUGAUUUUGACUACUUUGCCAUUGCUGGGGUUACAAAGAAAAUCAAGGUACUCCUAUCACACUUUAUUUUAUUUCUGGCUUAUUUUAUUACAUUUAGAAUUUUAAAAAUAGUCACUGUAGCAAAGAACCCUUCUUUUUGUUGUCUCUGGUCUUUUGAUGGGUAUCUUUUGCAGUCAGCAAUUCAGGGGGAUCUUUGUAUCCAAGCCUCAUAACCCUCACAGAGCCCAGUGUGAAUCUGAAUCUCUUGCUUCUCAAAAAUCUCUUUCAAAACAUUUUUUUCCUGAAACAGAAAAACUUUAUCAGUGAAGGUCAAGAAUUGAGCUUUGUGUUUCAAGGGAUUUUUCAGUGGGAUCAAAGUGGCAAUAUUUAGCAGGCCAAGAUGGGAUUAUUUUGUACAAUUAUGCAGCCACUUUCAUUCACGUCUACAAACGCACUUAAAAGCAUUUGUAGGUUUUCACCCUGAAUCCCCAUUACCUUUCGUUAAGAUAUCACACCACUUACUGAAAUCUCAUUUUCAAGUGGAACUUUCACAAGAUGUGACACCUCAUAUAGUGAUAAGUACUGCUCAUCUAUCAAACCUUUUUCAUGUUCUCUUUUGGUACAUCAGGUGUUUGAGUAUGGAAUGGUGAUAAGAGAUGUAGUGGAUAUUCACUGUCCUGUGAAUGAAAUGGUGUGCAAUUCAAAAAUCAGGUGAGGUGAAGAAUUUGAAGUUGAUACACAUUAAAUUUGUGCCCUUGGUGAGCAGUUUCAGUCCAGCCAUGUCUCUACCGUUAAAAUUAAGAACAGAAAAAUAUGCAGAAAGAAUUUUUGUUCUCUCUUGGUCUUGCGUCUGUUUUUUCUUGUUUUUUGUUUUGUUUUGUUUUUUUUAUUUUGGAUGAUGAUGAAACUAGAGCAAUGUUAGCUGCUUUGUUGGUCAAGAAAUUUAAUGUACAUAUUUUGUUUGCUUGUUUCACAGUUCGAUCUGUUGGAGCUCGUAUCACAAAGGUUUACUUGCUAGCAGUGAUUAUGAAGGCACAGUGACUCUGUGGGAUGCUUUCACUGGAUCAAAGACCAGGUCUUUUCAGGUACCCCUUGCACAGUUUUGCGUAUUUGCGACAAAAAAGCCUUUCCCCCCCCCCCAGCAUUAUCAACAUUACCAACUCAGUUGACAAUACCAAAUUAUCAAGGUAUAUUAAUGACUUCCAGUUACGAACAAUAGUACUUAAGGAGGAGAAGGAGACUGAAAUCACACAUGUUCUUGUAAACCUUAAAAAUAAUUGAAGUGUAAGUCCCAUCAUUUCACUCCUACAUGCAGUAACUUCUUGGCCCUUUGUCUUUGUUCGAAGGAACAUGAAAAGAGAUGUUGGAGCGUGGAUUUCAAUCACGUUGAUCCAAAACUUUUAGCUUCAGGGUCUGAUGAUGCUAAAGGUAAUCAAUCUUAGAAUUUAGGUCGUAGUUGAGAAAAUCCUAGUUGGCUCUUCCUGUUUGAAUUCAGUACAGCAAAAUGUCCGUGAAGCUUACCGUCAGAGCUUUUCCGCAAGAAUUUUAAAAGCGUCUUUACAGCCGGAGAAUUUAUCGCUAUAAUUUUCAACUCAAGCGUGUAACCAUUUUGGAAUAAUAAGACGCUUAAACGUUUUAUGGGUCUGUUUUCUAGAAAGGAGGAGAAGGAGACUGAAAUCACACAUCAUCACACUAAUUUCACGAUUAGAAAAUAGUGCGACUUCAAAACGUAGAUUAGAUUGGCCACCCUUUCAUAGCUAGGAAGAAGAAUUUCUUUUUCUAUUCUCUGUUUUAGUAUGGGAGAAAAGUCUGCAUGUAAUGUGGGGUUCACCAAUGGGCAAAGAAUUGUGGGAUCGAUGUCAGUAUCUUAACAAAACUGUGCACCUACCCCUCCCCUAACCCAAUAACUGAUAAAAAGUUAGAGUUAAUGUUGGGUCCAGGGAGGAGUAGCUGCUAGUUGCUCUCAUACUGGCAUUGGUCUUAAUUGUGCUAAUAGUCGAUUAUUAAAAAAUGUUCGGUCUAUCCGUUUCUCUUUUUUUAUUGUUCUGUUUUCCUUGGUUUCUGUUUUAGUUAAGUUAUGGUCAACAGACAUGGAACACUCUGUGGCUUGUCUGGAGGCUAAAGCCAAUGUGUGUUGUGUAAAAUUCAACCCCGAAAGUAGAUGUCACCUAUCCUUCGGUUCUGCAGGUAUGUAGUUUGUACAGUAUCCAUCUGGCCCCAGUUGUUCGAAAGAUGGAUAACGCUAUCCACUAGAUAAAUGUCUAUCCAGUGGAUAGCGCAGUACAUUUUGUGAACACUUAUCCACUGGAUAGCGAUUUAUCCGUUGGAUAGCGUUAUGCCCCCUUUGAACAACUGGGCCCAGCCCGGAAACCUUUUCCUAAGAAUUUAAACUACAUUCACAAGGUACCCUUCUGUAGGGUCAGAUAAGUUAUGCCUAACAUUUUUCAGUAGGCUCAGUUCAAAGCCCUCAACCUUCCCUUCUAUUUCUACCACCAGCAGGUUAAACUUGCCUAGAAUAAAAGGUUUACUCAAGUUCAGAACACAACAUUUUAUUGGAUCAAAUCUCUAAAGUGCAAACAAGACAAGCAGGCUCACUCUCAGGGGUUUCGUUUCAGGCCGGACACCGGACGCAACGCCCGGUUGUUUGACAUGUAACGUCUGAUAGUUCACACACCAAGUGUGAAAAUCGUUUUUUCCAUUUAUUAAACUAAGAAAGACUUGACCCUUAUUUUACUCACUUAGUUAUGUAAUACAUACAAUCGAAACGAUAGAGAUAAUUCCUGUCAUAUACAUGUAUAAUAAAAUCAUAACUCAUCAUUCCUCAUCCCUUUCCCCCUUCCGUACCAGCUAUAACUGACCAGACAAAUUCGACGACAGCUAACCCUGACAUUUGAUCAGAGAGCAUCUGUCUGAAUCAGUAUUGCUCACUUUUCAUUUGUACAUCAUCUCAGGGAACGCAGGAAGUUGCAUUUAAGAAAGUCCAAUUUUACAAAUUUCCCGGGGGACAUGCCAGCUGAACCACUGCAUCCGGUACUUCCUAAUGUUACCGAAAACCCUGCACUCUUGACAGUACUCGGGCUAGAUAUUCCCUUCAUAACCUCUGAAGUUUCUCUUCACAGAUCACUGCGUCCAUUAUUAUGAUCUACGAAACACAACCAAGCCAAUAACAGUCUUUAAAGGCCAUAGGAAGGCUGUAUCAUAUACAAAAUUUAUCAACACAGAAGAAAUUGUCUCUGCGUAAGUGAGGUUUCUUAUGACGUAACCCGUAUAGGAUUUUGAUGGAAGCGUAAGCCAUGAUAGUGAAACCCUGUCGGAACGAGGUUAUUUAGUAUCGUCGACUAAGUUGAUGAAGUAAAUUGGCCACCGUAAAGAGUUUAAAAGCUGACGUUUCGAGCGUCAGAUGAAUCGCUCUGACGAAGGGCUAACGCUCCAAACGUCAGCUUUUAAACUCUUUACGAUGGCCAAUCUACGUUAUCAAGUCAGUUGAUAAUACUAAAUCGCUCUGUCAUACUCUCCCACCGACGCAGUACCACAGUUUCUUUAGAAACUUACCCCCUUUAUUCAGCUGUCGGAACGAGAUAGUUUAGUCAUAGCAUUGUACAACGAAGCUUUAUUCCCUUGGCGUUGGUAACAGAAUUCAAAGAAAUUCAGAAUAUCUGACCUUCGGUAUUAGAGCAAUUUUCAAGUGAAUUUCGAAAGUAGGCCGGGGUUGUAUUUGAGUUUGCUUUACUUUGCUCCGUGAUUGGUCGAGGAAACUUCCGCCAUCCUGUCAACCAGUCAGAUGUAAAUCUAAAACCAGUUGUGUCUUUGCUUGUUUUCAACCUGAGUUUUUACUGGCCCCUUGUACCAUUUCCCUUUCCUCUGAUGGGUGGUUGUGAUUCAUUUGGUUUUGGUUCUAAGACAAUUAAGAGAAAAGCAAAAUGCUUUGGUAGUUUGAUUGUGUGGUAUGAUUGUUAAAGUGAAGUCAUGGCUAAGAACAUCAUGGCAAAACUGACCAAUCCAGCUUCACGAGCCAAACUCGGAACUAGAACGUCAGACCAACUGAUUCUACUCACUGACAACUUGACAACUUCCGCUUUAGCUAACGACAUAUCGUUAUUGCAGUAGUACUGUUCUUCUUCCUCCUAGGAAGUAUACUUUUUGGUUGCAUAAACAAAACCUUUUUUACUGACAGCUCGUUUAUGUCUGUUUGCGGGAUUUGAUCCGAGUUAUUUCGUAACCUUUUUGUUUUAAAAUAAUUUUAAUUCCUUUUUUAGAUCCACAGACAGUCAAUUAAAGCUCUGGAAUAUCAGCAAGCCGCAUUGUCUUCGAACCUUUAAAGGCCAUAUUAAUGAAAAGAACUUCGUUGGGCUGGCUUCCAAUGGAGACUACAUUGCCUGCGGUAAACUGACCAGUGUAUCUUCUUUAAAAUAACGAUAAUUUGUAAUUGUUUCCGCCUGUUAGCUAAAACAUGUCAGAACAGCUGUAGUUGUAAAUGGUUGGAGAGAGACCACUUAAUUAGGGCGGAAAACAGAAAAUAUUCCUUAGCGGACCGUCAAUUUUCUACGGUUUCCCCUUUGUACUCUGUUGGCGACGUUUUUAUGGCGGUUUCGGUGAGCGACAUCCCAAAACUUAAUUAACCUUGGACUUUUUCCUUUUCCUCACAGGGAGUGAAAACAAUUCACUUUACUUGUACUACAAAGGACUCUCCAAACAGCUGCUAACAUUCAAGUUUGAUACUGUAAGGAGUGUUUUGGUGAGUCGCAAUCCGCAAAUAGAUACUAACUUAAAUUUGGGUGGAUCGCGGGCGAGGCAGUAGCUUGUGACUCGCGUUUGGCGCCCUCCUUGAACUUGCCUUGCGCCUUUCUCUUCUGGUCUUGAAAAACGUAAAAAAUGACGCUUAUUCUGGGGGCUACUUGUUUCAUCGCCUGAGUUGAUAACGUAAACUAGUAACUGUAAAGGGUUUUUAGAGCUGACGUUUCGAACGUUGGCACUUUGUCAUUCUCUCUGACGAAACAACACUCGAAACAGCUUAAGAAAGCCUUAAUGGUGGCCAAUUUACUUUAUCAACUCAGUUAAUAAAACCAAAUUAUCUUGAUAUACUCUCCCACCAACGCAGCACCACAGCUUCUUUAGAAACUUACUUCCUUUAUUCUGAUUGGUCUAGAAAACGCGUGCCAUCCUUCUAGCCAAUCUUAUGCGCAUCACGAUUUUCUAAAACGCAUCACGAUUUGCUAAAACGCAUCACGAUUUGCCAAAACGCAUCACGAUUUGCUCCCUGUAUUUUCCCGCACUUCUGGCAGUUAAAUGUUGUGGAUCUGACAACCCAUUGGUUCCCUCGUCACAUUUUGUGCUGAUUUGCCAGUUUGUUUGUACUAGACUGAAAAUCGCUUCAAGGGUAUUGGUUGAAUCUAGGUCAUCUGCACUGGGUGAGAAAGCAGCUUACGAAUCAAACCUAAGCUAUUGCGCAACUACCCCUCCCCUAGUUGGGUUAGGGGAGGGGUAGGUGCGCAGUUGCUCAGAUACUGACAUUGAUCCGACAUUAUCCUUGACGCGCAUGGUCUAUGUAACAACCACUGUUCAGUUGAUCAAUGCUACAUCUGCUUAGGUAUUUCGUUGCUUUACUGUUUUGUAGGAGAAAGAUAAGAAAGAAGACGAUGCGAAUGAAUUUGUGAGCGCGGUUUGCUGGAGAACCGUAAGUGAAUCUUUGUCUUAAGACAAUGACCUAGAGAGUACUACCGGUAGGUUAUUUCAGCAUCAAAAAUACUUAAAAUAUAAGGUACUUCAAAGCGUAAAGGCAAAGGGGUAGAAAUUUAACCCACAAGAAGUUAGCGAAAAAGUUUUUAUUCCACUAGGGCAGAUUGAAGUAGUUGACUUUCUAAGAACAAGAAUUCAAGUGAGCAGUGAACCAUUUGUAAAGAUUACUGAAAUUUUUUGGAGAGCACGGUCAAUCUGGCGAAUAAGCAGCAACAUUACUGAUGUAGUUUUUCAAGAGACCGAAUUUCCGGUCACGCAGCUCCGGCAAGCUCGCGUGUGGAUGACAAGUGACCCGCGGCCUCGAUCUGAGGGUACUUCUAAACCUAGAAACGAGGCUGGCGGGGCACUUGCCCAGCCAAUCGUAUUUUUAAUCGUACGAGGUGCACUUUAAUAUGCCUUUUUGUCGCUUUCUUAACAGGGAUCCAAUGUAGUUGUAGCCGCAAAUAGUCAAGGAACAAUUAAGGUACGGUGGUACGAGCCGUGA